AUGGCGGCGCGGCGGGCUCCAAGCGGAGGAGCGGGCGCUGCCGGCCGGGGCUGGCUGGUGCUGCUGCCGCCGCUGCUGCUGGCGCUGCUGCCGGCGCGGCCGGCGGAGGCCCUGAUGGAGGGGCUCUACUGCGGCACGCGGGACUGCUACGAGGUGCUGGGCGUGAGCCGCGCGGCGGGCAAGGCGGAGAUCGCGCGGGCCUACCGCCAGCUGGCCCGGCGCUACCACCCCGACCGCUACCGGCCCGAGCCCGGCGACGAGGACCCCGGGCGGACGCUGCAGAGCGCCGAGGAGGCCUUCCUGCUGGUGGCCACCGCCUACGAGACUCUCAAGGAUGAAGAAACACGGAAGGAUUAUGACUACAUGCUGGAUCACCCAGAAGAGUACUACAGCCAUUACUACCAGUAUUAUAGCAGGCGCCUGGCCCCCCCAGUGGACGUCAGAGUGGUGAUUCUGGUCAGCGUGUGUGCUAUUUCACUGUUUCAGUUUUUCAGUUGGUGGAAUAGCUACGAUAAGGCAAUCAACUACCUAGCCACAGUGCCCAAGUACCGUAUCCAAGCCACGGAGAUUGCCAAGCAGCAGGGAUUGCUCAAAAAAGCCAAAGAGAGGGGCAGAAACAAAAAGUCCAAAGAGGAAAUUCGUGAUGAAGAGGAGAACAUCAUAAAGAACAUUAUAAAAAGUAAAAUAGAUAUAAAAGGGGGCUAUCAGAAACCCCAGAUACGUGACCUUCUCCUAUUUCAAAUUCUCUUAGCCCCUUUUCACGUGUGCUCAUAUAUAGUGUGGUAUUGCCAGUGGAUCUAUAAUUUUAACAUCAAAGGCAAAGAAUAUGGAGAGGAAGAAAGGCUGUAUAUAAUACGUAAGUUUAUGAAGAUGUCAAAGUCUCAGUUUGAUAGUCUAGAAGAUCAUCAGAAAGAAACUUUUCUUAAACGGGAACUCUGGAUAAAGGAGAAUUAUGAGGUCUACAAACAAGAACAAGAAGAAGAACUAAAGAAAAAAUUAGCAAAUGACCCUAGAUGGAAGAGAUACAGGCGAUGGAUGAAGAAUGAAGGGCCGGGCCGGCUGACAUUUGCAGAUGAUUGAAGAGUGCUGAAAUGCUACUAUGCCAAACCUUAAUUGUAAUAUUAUUUUCAUAACUAAAUUAUUUUAGAAAUUUAUGAACUGCUCUUCAGCAGUAACUAAAAUUCCUGAAGUAUUUGAUUAAACAAAAUGAUGGAGAAUUGUAAAUGUUCCCUUAAAUCUUUAUACAUAAAACAUUUAUGAUUGUUCAAUUUUUAUAAACUAUUUGUGGAUUUUGUUAAAAAUUUGACAUGAAGAUUUAUUAGUUGCCAUUUAAGAACUUUAUAUGUUUAGGGCCUCCCCUGGUGGCGCAGUGGUUGAGCGCUGGGCUGCAUGGCUGCCCGCAGCCUCUGCAGCGACGAUUCGUUCCCCGGCCACCGGCGAGGGUCCCACAAAAAAAAAAAAAAAAAAAGAACUUUAUAUGUUUAGCUAAAAGAUUUGACAUGAAAAUUUAUUGGAUACCAUUUGAAAUUUUUGUGUUAAGUGUUUAUUCUUCAAGUGUUUCCUUUUUAUUUGUUAUAGUGUUACAUUUUUCUGCUUUCAUGGCCUCUUAUAUUCUCACAAAGCAUAAAAAAAUUCAACAGCAUAUAAUUACAUUAUUGUGAGUGUCUUUCCAGACACAGAAUUCUUCACCAAAAUGAUUCAGCUAUCAUGUCAUCUUCAUUACAGUCAUUCUAGGAUUGAAUUGUUCAAAAUAUCUCUCUAGGAGAGUCUUCUGCUAGAACCUCUAUGUACUCUCCCCUUCGCCCCCCGCUCCAGUCAUAAUGUUCUUAAUAAGAUCAGAAACUCUCCAGGAGAGUGAAUCUACCUUUGUGUCCUUGUAGGAUGAUCUUGAUUACAGUCAUUAUAGGACUAUAAUUGUAUUCUCAAAUAUUUCUCCAGAAGAGACCUUGUGAAAGGGUCUUCUGUACCAUAUUGCUCCCCACCCUUCAAUUAAAAAGACAGAUAUAGUGUUCAGAAAAGUUGUUCAUGUUAUGAAGUCCUUGAGCAGUGAAAAAUUCAUUGUACAUGGGUGCAUUUACAUGCAUUUGAACCAGAAAGAAAAAGUGCAUGACUGUGUGCUGUUCUUUUCAACAGUGAAGUAUAAAUGUUUUAUACGUGUGGAAGUGAAAGUAAUUCAGACAUAAUUUGACUGAAGCAGGUGUAAUACUAUACCAAAGUAUAGUACUACACAUUCAUGGUAGUGAAUCAAUACUCUUGUUAAAGGAUUUAUCCUAUUGCUUCAUAUUAAUAAAGUGAUUGCCAUAUGUCAUAAGUUUGUUGGUAUGACACUUUAAAUCAGAUUAAUA